UUAUCUCAAACCAUGGCUUGCAAAUACAUAGCAUCCGUCAUUCCCACCAUCCAAACGCAGAAACCUUAUAUCAAAACUCAAAAUCGACCUGAAAAGAGGGUUUCUACGUAUAAACCAAACAUUUGGAAAUAUGAUCAUUUACUUUCUCUUUCAAGUCAAUAUUCUGAAAAGAAGUACCAAAUGGAAGUUGAGAAGCUGAAAGAGGAAGUAGUAAGUUGCAAGUUUUCAAAGAAGAAUGAUGAUAGUACUCCAAUGGCCAUGCUGGAACUUGUUGACACAAUUGACAAAUUUGGGCUGAGUAGUUACUUCUAUGUACAAAGCAAAGUAGCUUUGGAAAAGAUAAAUAUGUGCAUGAAAAGUAGUAGCUCAAAGGAGGAGGAUCCAUAUGCUACUGCAUUGUGCUUCAGGCUCCUCAGGGAGCACGGCUACCAUGCUUCCCAAGAUAUGUUAAAGGAGUUGUUUGAUAGCGAAGGGGGAGUCUUGACAAAGAAAGCGUCAGAUCUGAAAACAUUAUUGGAGUUUUUGGAAGUAUCAUAUCUAAGCAUGGAUGGUGAAAAUUUACUAAGCGACAUAAGAUUGGUCUCAAUCAAAAACCUCAAGAGUCUUUUAUGUACAUCAUCAGAUAAUAUUGACGUCAUUUUUGCUAAGGAAUAUUUGAAUCAUCCUUCAGCAUGGAGAGUGGGAUGGUAUGAUGUUAGAAGACACAUGAUGUUUGCUCAACAAGCCAACAAUAACACAAAUCCAGCGUUGCUCAACUUGGCAAAACUUAACUUCAAUAUAAUCCAAUCCACCCACCAAAAAGAUCUCAAAGAUGUAAUAAGAUGGUGGAAGAAUCUUGACCUAGUUGACGAUUUGUUCUUUGCAAGGGACCGGAUAGUAGAAUGCUUCUUUUUCGCUGCAGGAAUUGCCCCUGAGCCUCAACAUGGAAACAUUAGAAAAUGGGUCACCAAAGUGUUUCAGUUGGUGCUAAUAAUUGAUGACGUUUAUGAUAUUUAUGGUUCAUUAGCUGAUGUGCAACAAUUUACUUUUGCCUUAGACAAGUGGGAUCCAAAUGAAGAAGAAUGUCUACCAGGGUGUAUGGAGGUCAGUUUCAGAGCAUUGUACCAUACAAUACAAGAGAUAUCUGCUGAAAUUGAUCACCAACAAAAAGGAAGUGGCCCUUCAGCAUUACCUUAUCUGAAACAAGGCUGGGUCAACUUUUGUAAAGCCAUGCUGGUGGAAGCAAUUUGGUACCACGAAGGCCAUAUACCAACACUUGAAGAGUAUCUUAACAAUGGGUGGAUUUCAUCCACCGUUCCAUUACUUUCUGAUUAUGUUAUAUAUGGUCUCACAAAUAAAAUAACAAAUGAAACACUUGAUUCAAGCAAAAAUUUCCAAGAAAUUAUUUACCUUGCUUCGAUUAUAUUUCGACUUUGCAAUGACCAUGGUACCACAAAGGCGGAGCUAGAGAGAGGUGAUGUUGCUUCAUCAAUUAUAUGUUACAUGCAACAAGAAAAUGUCUCAGAAGAUGUAGCCCGAGAGCAUAUGGAAAGCAUAAUUCUGAAUUCGUGGAAGAAGAUCAAUUACCAUUUUAAUACUCUUUCUGCAUCAGAUCGAGAAAUAGCUAAGCAUGUAAUAAAUAUAGCUCGAAUGGGGCAUGUCAUGUACCAAUUUGGAGAUGGAUUUGGGGUUCAAGAAGGCAAAACUCGAGACCAGAUCCAAAUCAACUUGAUUGAGCCUAUUACAAUAUAAUAUAAUCUCAGGGACGAUCAUUUUCAAGGCUUCUAGAAUCUGAUAUAUCUAUGAACAAGAAGGAUAUAUAGGAUGUUUUGUGUGCUAAGAUCUCGCUAUAUUGUUUAGGAUAGGACCGAAUAAUAUUGUACGUGUGUACUAAACUUGCUGGGUUCUGCUUGUAAGUUUCUUAAUACUAGCUCAUUGUACUUCUAAAAAUGUGAGUCACAGUUCAAAUACUCGCUAAAAUAUAUUAUGUCUUCAAGUAUAAAUUUAUGUUUCGCAUUGAAAAUAUUGGGCUCUAAUUAACUUGUUAUCAAUAUGUACAUCUUAUCUGAUAUGCGGC